AUGGACCUCAGCCCUUCCUUCGCAGAAAAUGGAGGCCAAGCCGACGACAACUCUAACACAGAAAACAACCGCGGUUCAGGAGCGGACUCUCCCAGCCCCUCCGACGCCCCAAAGGCAGGUGAAAGUGCCAGCGGCGCCACUGAAUCCGCGGGAACAGGUGGAGAGCCUACGGGCCGGAGACGGAGAGCGCUCCGGAACCUCUUCAGCCGAUUCAGUGGAUGCACGUUCUGCGGACGUAUGCGGGGACGAGCAGCCGCUGGAGACGCAGCAGCGCAGCUAGGAGAGGCCGUCUUGACUGCUCUCGAAGGCGGAGCAUUCGACCAGGAUCUUCUUGGCUGCAUCAAGAUUGCCCCUGACAUGUUCUUCCCGCUGGCAGCCACGUGCCGCAGCUUGAAAGUUUUGGAGCUCAAGGCAUCCAUCUGCAUCAACAGGCGGAAGAAUCUUGCUGAUGUUUUGACGGCGCACCGCGAGCUAUACCCAGACUCCAUAGGGUUCAUCAGAAACCUUGUUCUCCCUGUAUCCCAUCCCGCUUUUGUUCUCGGCCGUGAAUCGCCACAAUCCGAGUUGGACAUCGAGGCAUUUGCGUUGCUGGUCAAGAAUGCCGUCGAGAAGCGUCCAAUCACACCAGGCACAUACUCGAUCUUUGACGACGCGUCAAAUCGGAGUUGCGUCGCCACACAGAUGACCCACAAGUUGAAGGAUUGCCCCCUGAAGGCCAGCGAAAAGAAGUCCUGGAGGUUGGGCCAGCUCGCUGCCGCGCUGUAUCCUCCGCACGCCGACGCCCUGGACCUUCGACUCCUCUUAUCCGUCCUUGAUCUGUCGGACUGCAAACGGCGCUGGGAGAAACGACCCGUCAUCCUUGUCCAAGUACCCGGACGCGAAAAGCCUGUCGAGGUACCCAAGAAACUGGCGACGCAUCUUCUCUUAUCUGCCGUCAUCUCUCGGGCCUACAGCGCAAACGAAAGCGACGGAAUGCGUUGCCGUAGGGACGGCGAACUGACGUCGAAGCAUGAAGUCUCUUGCAGACGGCUGAAGCAAGUCAAUCAAAUGCGAAGGAUUGUGCAGGCAAUAUUCGAGAGCGUCCUCAGCGACGAUUUGUCUGAAGCUCAAACCAUCGCCGGAACCUUCGCCGAGGAAUGGCGUACCUCUCGCGUUGACGAUAGCAUGAUUGAGAGGGUGAACAAGUUCGUUGUUGGCCACGCCUUUGCAGACAUCUAUGCCUUUCUGGAAGAGAAGCUGGAGAGUCGAGGAACGCGCAUGUUACGGUUCCUCAUCAGGAUGAAGUUAACAAAGUUCCUCACCUGGUAUGUCGCAAGGCUCGUGAGCAAACUGUCCAACCCGACCCGACCUGAGGCCGCAGCUGUCUCGCCCCACAGUGACAGAGGUAUCCCCAAUGAGGUGUUGAACGCAGCGUCAAUAGCUUCUGCUGCACAUCUCGCUUGUGGGGGGUUUGAGAACUGGGUUCAGAAGUUUGCGCAGGAGCUUGUUUUCCGAGUUCUCAAGAGGCAUGCGUCUACGCAAAAAACCCCGGAAAAGGCCAGAACUGCUUUUAUCGAGAAAGUGGGCGCUUCAGACUUUGAUUCGGAAAUAGGAAGCGAGGCACCCAAGGCGGCGUCCCACGACAACGGAAGAGCUGCAGCGUCUCCCACUGAGUCAGCCAGUUCUUUCCUCGGGGUAAAUGGCGAGAAUUCACCUGAAGUCGAAACAGAACCUCAAGAGACAAUGGGAACGCCUCUCACAACGAGUCUCGCAUCCGGGGUAUUGGCAGUGGACAAGGUGAUUUCCUCCUCGAAGAUCCGACGAAGCAUUGCACAGCUCUUAACCGUUCUCAUUGUGAUCACGCUUGCGGCAGAUUUCACAUUGCCCGACUGGUUCCCAGGCAGCCCGGUGAAACGUGUCUUUAUGAGCAUACAAGGCCGCGAGGAUUUCAAACCUCACCAAUUCGGGAGACUUGGACAGCCUGGUUCUUUCCAGCAGUAUACCAUGGAUCGUAAAAAAACAGCGCAGGCCAUAAAUGGGAAUGGGGUAGCCGCAGGUUUUCUGGGUACCGUGGUGAGUUGA